AUGGAUGACGACUUGAAAGAGUUGAAGUCGUUGUUGCGCUCGCUGGUGGUGUCGAGCCCGACUCAGAUGGACGUCCGCACCUUGAUGCGGGACUUCCGCAACAUGGUGGGGUCGCCCAUGCCGCUCGCCAAGUACGGCCACAGAGACCCCGUGGCUUUCCUGAAAGAGCACUUCGAUGAUUGUUUCGUGAUGACGGGGCCAUCGUCUAACCCAGUACUUACUCUGAUUGUACCAGACACAUUAAAACACAUUGAUCAGUUUGUACAGAGGCAGAAAGUACCUUCUACUGCUAAAUUCAAAUCAAAGAGGAGAAGCAUUCCAGAAUCUGCAGUGAAUAAACAAAAUCUAAUUUUCGAGACAUUUGUCAAAGACACACUACCUGUCCUCAAAGAACCGGAAGCAUCAGAGGUGAAAGCUCCUGAUAUUGUUGCUGACGCCAGCCACAACACAGAGAAUGCUGUCAAUCAUCAAGUCACCAGCACAGAUGUCAAGAACUUCCUCAAGAAACGCCUUCCACUUUACAAUAGUCUACAUAAUUUAGAAGAGCCUUCUUCAGAGAGAGAAGUAACAAUAUCUCUGUGUCAAGAUGAUGAUUCGGGAAAACAUACAUCAUCCAGCAGCAGCAGCACAAAGGCUCUACAGCUAGAGGAGCUGAAGUCGGAUAUCAUGGAGCUGAUCCGAGCAGCCCCGCGCGGCGUGUGGUGCACCGACCUGAUACGUCUCUACAGGUCAGUACACACCACUACAGACAUUGCUGAAACUUUCAAACUUAUUUUGGAUGCAAUCACACUUUCUGUGUUUCUUUUUGGAACGCUUCAACCGCGAAAUAAACUUCAUACGGUUCGGUUACACGAGCGUGAUCAGCCUGGUGUACACGCUGGGGGCGGGCGUGGUGAUCACGCGGCCCGACGCCACGGGCGACUGGCACCUGGCGCCGCGCGGCGCGGCCCGCCGCCGCCCGCGCCGCCCGCGCCGCGCCGCCGCGUCGCGCGCGCCUCGCCGCCGCCCGACCCCGACGACGCGCUGCCCGGCAUCGACUAUGACGCGGACGUGUUCCCGGCGGACUGCCUGCACUUCACGGAGAGCAUCCCGGCGCAGUCGCUGAGCGACGUGCUCCCCGGCGCCAUGGUGGAGGUCAUGGUGGGCGAGGUGUACUCGCCCUCCCACUUCUGGCUCAUCCGCCUCGGCGACCAGUACCACAUCGCCAUGGAGAACAUGAUGGACGAGAUGACGGAGUACUACAACGGGCCGGGCGGGUCGCGCACGCUGGCGCGCGGCGCGGUGCGCGUGGGGCACUACUGCAGCGCGCUGUUCCUGCGCGACUGGCACCGCGCGCUCAUCGUGCGCGUGCUGGACAGCGACACGGUGAAGGUGCGCUACGUGGACUACGGCACGGUGGGCGCCGUGGCGUGGCGCGCGCUGCGGCCGCUGCGGCGCGAGUGGGCGCGGCUGCCGGCGCAGGCGCUGCGCGCGCGGCUGGCGGGGCUGCGCCCGUGCGCGGCGGGGCGGCGCUGGCCGCCGUCGGCCGCCGCCGCCUUCCUGCGCCUGGUGCGCGACACGCCGCUCGUCGCCAACAUCGUCGCCGUCGACACCGAGGAGGCCAUAAUCGAGACCCUGUUAAUCGAAACGUCGACUGCGGUGGACCGCAACCUGAGCACCGAGCUGAUCCGCGCGGGACACGCGGACGAGCGGCCCGACUCCGCGCUGUGGACGGCGGAGUGCUACCUGAACCCGAGGUUCGAGGCGCUCGAGAGCGGCGCCACGCCCAACCUGGAGGAGAUACACGCGUACCUGCGCGACGGCAUCGUGCUCGACUACGUGGCCGCGUACCGAGAGCACGUGCCCGCCUGCCUGCCGCCCGAGCCCGCGCCCGCUCCCUCCGACUCCCCCGCCAGCGACCACCCACCCGACCUGCCCGCGAGGAUCCCCCUGUGGUUGCCUUCUACGCCCGAUGCCUGCCUUCCUUCGCCUUCGUCGCCAACUGAGCUCUCCUCACCCCAGGUCACGUCUCAGAGACCUCUAUCUCCGCCGGCCGCCCCUCUCGCCUUGUCGCCCAAAGACUCAGAGCCUUGCGAGGCAAAGGCGCAUUCAGCCAUUAACGUUCAACUAGACAUACACAAACAACCGAAUGUGAAUAUUCCGCCGGACGACAACCCGCAGACAGAGUGCCGGCGGCAGUCCGUAGUGCACCCGCAGCCGGCGGCCCCUUGCCCUCCGCCCGGCGUGGUGGCGCCGGCCUGGCCGGGCCCGUACCCGCCGCCCGGCGUGGUGGCGCCGGCCUGGUCGGCUCCGUACGCGCCGCCCGGCGUGGUGGCGCCAGCCUGGCCGGGCCCGUACGCGCCGCCGGCCUGGCCGGGCCCGUACGCGCCGCCCGGCGCGGUGGCGCUGAGCCCGGCCGAGUGCGACACGUACCGCAGGCUGGUGCACGUGAACCCGGAGGCCGCGCACUGGUACAUGGCGGGCGCGCUGGGCCGCGCCAUGGGCCCCGCCAUGGGCCCCGCGCUGGGCGGGCCGCCGCACUUCCCAUCCCCACCCCCGUUCGGAUCUAUGCGAGCGCCUCCCGGUUUCAAUAUCUAGGCCGGCGUCGGUGCGAACUUGCGUAGGCUCACAUAAUGUUUGUACUGUCUUUUCUUUUUCUUUCUUUCCACGUUAAAAAUCAUCAAAUGACCCCUUCCGCUGGGUAAGCAGCGGUGAGGGAGUGUCAGACUCUUACUGACUAAAAGUCGUCGUGUUCCAUCGUAGGCCUUUUAUGUACCAGGGCCGCGGUAACUCUUUCGAACAAUCUCGCAGCCCCGGCUGGCCUUGCCAUGUUCCUAGUGCCUUGUAGUAACGCAAAACAAAAUAUACCUCAACAUUAGGCUAAGUGUACCUAUUAUUAUAUAAAAUUGUUAGAUUUAAUUAACAAAUUGUUAUAUAAUUGUUACAUAACAUAAUUUUUGGUGUAAGAAUGCCUCUGGUUUGACCACAGACUUUGUUCAGUUUUUUUUUUAUUUCUUUUGCGUUUAGAAUAUAUUGUUAAAGUUUUAAAAACAGCCCUAAAUAAUCAUAAACAGUACCCAUUUAUUUCUAGCAGUAGCUUAUUUGUUUAAUAUGUAAACUCUUUUGCAAAAAAAGCGGGCACCUAUCUUGGUUUUAAGGAUUUUACGUUUAUUUUAAUUACUGUAAUGGCGUCCACGGCCGAUUUCGACCACGGCGGCUGUUCUCAUUUAAGAAGCCAACUGCGCGGGACAUAUUAUAGUGCACGAGCAUUUGCGCAGACACAGGAGCACUCCCUAUUCCUUCACUCUCAUAGCCCGAUGGGACGACAAUCCGACACGACCGGAAAGAGAUCAGGCGCAGUACCGACAUUUACGUGCUCUCCGAUGCACGGGAAUCAAUCGCCAACUUCCAGACUGCGGGAUGCUUUGUGAAAGUUUAAGAAACCCACAAACCCGAGACCUAGAGCACAGCAGCCGCGCUUGCGACCACUAUACCAACGAGGCAGAUAGAUUCGGUAUUUUACACAAAAAUACCGAAACUCGUAAGAUUGCCAUCAAAUCAUCAGCAGAGAACAUUUAGAGCGGGUCAAAAUUUUAUCAAAUAUGCAUAGUUUUUUUAACAUAUUUUGAUGUAACAAAAACGUACAUUGAUCAUUAACUAAAACUGCAUUAUCAGUUUUCUGAAAAUCACAUCAUAAUCUUUUCAAAACGCCCACGAUCUUUCUGCCAGGAAUUAGUCAAACACAACGUUUAACCAGUUUCUUAGCAAUUCUACAAAAUUCAAAUUUAAUACACUCUCACGCAUGCUUGGCUUACCCUUUUGAUGCUAGUAACAAACUACAAUUAUUAAAACCCUUUGAAAUACACGUAAAGUCCUUAAAACCUAUAUUUCGCAUGGGUGCCCGCUUUUUUUUUGCAAAAGAGUGUAUUUGUAUAAGUCUUAUCGAGUUUGUUUAACUCAAACGGAGCAUAGGUUCCUAUUGUUUUUUUUUAUUCUUAUUAUUGAAGUUAACGACAAAGAAUCAUUUUGUGGAGUACAAAUCUAUAAUCACAGAUGUUUUAAUGAUCGAUAGCAAAUUCAGCUGUAACUUAUGUUGAUUAUAGAACUGUCACCCAAUAAACCUUUUGACUUUACCUGCUUAGAGUUAAGUAUACUAAUUUUACUUAAAAUAUUGAUCGUUUCUGUGAUAAAGAAUCAAGUCGAGAGUGGUAACUAUUUCUUCUAUUAAUAAAAAAUACCAUUGUAAAUAA